CACGCUUGCGUUCGAAGAGAGGCCCCGAACUCUCUAUCUCUCUCUCUCUCUCUGUCGCAAAACCCUAAUCCGAUCUAAUCCCCGUCGCCAGGUGGGAGAAAGAAGGAAUCGGAGAAUCGCGCUCCGCGUACUCUUCUCCUCUUCUCCGAUCCCCCACUUUCUCUUUCCACUAUCUAUUUCGAUUUCUAGGGUUAGGGUUUCCUGCGGAAGAAGUGGAGAAAUCGCCCGGAGGAUUCAGAGUCGAAUUUGAUUUGUGAGUUAUGAGAUUUGCCAUUGUAGGCUGCUUAAGGAUUACGAAGGGACAAAACUGCUUCUUUUACUAGGAUAAUAUGCGAUCGUCUUCUUCAUAUCUUUUGGGUUCGAAGGCGCUUCAGAUGUCGCUCGAGUUCCUGAUGGGACGGCAAAGCUGCAGCUUGUCGACAGGCAGUAAUGGAUUCCAAAAUUUGCGCCCAUUCUCCAGUCUCGUCAGCAAUGUCUCGCAGUUUCAUAUAUCUGAUCAACAAGCGGCGGCAUCUCUUUCCAGAAAGGUCUCGCAAGCUCUUUCUCGUGUGAGUCAUCAUCUUUCCUUCUUGAAGGAUGUGCAGAAAUUGAGACCUUUGGGAAUUGCCAGUGCUUCUUUUCACAAUGGAAAUCUUGAUAAUUUUGGACAAGUUGGGAGGAGGUUCGGUUUUGUAAAUCGAGAAGAGCCGUGGAUGAAGGAAUCUUCAUUUUUUUGGCCUUCCUUCUAUUCUUCUGGAGCAGCUCCUGAUGUCUCUUUUGAUGGGUCUCCGCGUGAUGUUCAGGACCAGCAGCUUGAGAACUCUACGGGCUCCUCUGACCAGAACAAACCAAGUGAGAGAACCCUGAAGCUGCUAUCUGGAUCAUGCUACUUGCCACACCCCGAUAAGGAAGAAACUGGUGGAGAAGAUGCUCAUUUUAUAUGUGAUGAACAGGCCAUAGGAGUGGCUGAUGGUGUUGGUGGCUGGGCAGAUCUUGGUGUUGAUGCAGGACAGUAUGCUAGAGAGCUUAUGUCUCAUUCACUGGUGGCUAUACAAGAAGAGCCAAAAGGAUCCAUUGAUCCAGUAAGAGUGCUCGAGAAAGCUUACAUGAGCACGAAAGCCAAAGGAUCAUCAACAGCAUGCAUCAUUGCUCUCACAGAUAAGGGAAUUCGUGCGGUGAACCUUGGCGACAGUGGCUUCAUAGUUGUUAGAGAUGGAUGCACAAUCUUCAGAUCACCUGUGCAGCAGCAUGACUUCAAUUUUACUUACCAGCUUGAGAGUGGCAAUUCAAGUGACCUGCCUAGUGCUGCCCAGGUAUUCACUGUUCCUGUCGAAUCCGGCUAUGUUGUCGUCGCGGGAACUGACGGGCUAUUUGAUAACUUGUACAACAACGAGAUCACCGCCGUGGUCGUUCACGCCGUCCGGGCCGGAUUGGAACCUCAAGUGACCGCCCAGAAGAUAGCCGCUCUGGCUCGCCAGCGGGCCCUGGAUAAGAACCGGCAAACACCCUUCUCGAGCGCCGCCCAGGACGCAGGAUAUCGAUACUACGGGGGAAAGCUCGACGACAUUACCGUCGUGGUAUCGUAUAUCACCGCAUUCGGCACAUGAAUCAUGUCACCGACUGUUGUUUCCUUUUGUAGAUAAAUAGUUCUUUGCACCAACAUGUUAUAAUUAGAAAGUAGCACUGAUAUCUUCUUUUCUAUCUGUACCAUACAAAUGGUGUUACAGGAGGAUUUUCUAGGGAAUAUCAAAUCCCAGUGAACUUGCUUUUGGUAUUGAGUUGCUCUCCAUUCGUAGAAAUUUGUGGGAUUAACGCACUCGAGAUGAUACUCCUGUGUUGCUCUUUUUCCACCUUUUUAUUACAUUUGGUUUCUAACCAUGUUUCUCUUUUCCUUGAGUCUACUGAAAGGGCCUUGCUUUUCUUGGUG